UCUCUUGUCUCUAUUCCUAAUCCUUCCUCCGACUGCUUGUCACUCCGUUUCUGUCUUGCUCUCUCUAUUUCCUCUCCAUUUGAUGCCCUUCCACUCUAUCCCCGCUCCUCUCCUGUCCUCUCCGUAUCUUCCUCCAGGCAGGAAGCCAGCCAGUUAAACUUUUUUUCCAAAUAUAGUAUGACAUAAUGAAGCAGAAUCCUCAUUAACGAUAAUUUAUUGACUGGCCAAAGCUUUCCUCGUUGAGUUAUCAAUUAUUGUAUGAAUUGUUGUUAUUCAGUAUACGCAUUGUAAACAAUGGGCUUGUUGUUAUUCACCCUUACCCACCGAGAUAUUUACGAAUCGUCACAACUCGGGGCUGCCACAUUGCUCCAUUGAGUCUUCGGGUCGUACCGCGUGUCGUUCGGCACGUUGUCCGAUAUUUCGAUUCACGUGCCGAGAACUUAUUCAGGAACUGAGCGGGAAUUGAAGAGAAGAAGCUCCCAGAAUUGUAUUUUUUAUUUUAUUUUAUUAUGUUUUAUUUUUAUUAUUUCAUUUCCAUUCUACGUGACUUUACCGAAAUAACCAAGAAGAAGAAGCUCCCAGCGUUGAAGAGAAGAACUGAAGAAAAUUAUCUCCCCAGCGUUGCGGAGCAAAGCAUCAGACGCCAUGCCAAACAACUCAGAGAAGACUAAGAUACAGAAGACGAAGAUUGAAACGAUGAAAGGGGAUGGCACCAUCUGUGGAAUAACGUGCACAAAUAUGAUCAAACCAAAUACGGACAGUAAUUCCUUAAAAUAGCUGCGUGCUGCUACACCGAAGCUUUCUCUCUUACCUCGAUCUGAAACGUCAGUUCAAUAAAUUCAACUGCGAAGACUAGACAUUUUAAAAGCAGCGUCCUUCAAACCAUCGUUGAACAGACUAAUAACGUGAACCCGGGCGCAAAGAACUUUGAAAAUAACCGAGCGAUGAAAGACCAAACAGCCAUCGAGUGACAAGCAUGGAGAUGUGUCUAUGUCGCAAAUGCUAUUCACGUGCAGUGGGACGACUCAGCGAUGCUCUAGAGUCUGCAGGCCAGCGUCGCUGUCGCCAGCAUCACGCCGUUCCAUUCUGACGCAGCUCGACUGCUAUGGAGGACACUGAGCGGGAGUCCACCGACACCAUGUCCGCCGACUUUUUGAAGAACCUCUCGGACCCUCUGCUGGACCACGCCAUCGCCGGCAACGACCCACUCGGCGGACACACGGUGCUCGAGGUGAUCGUCAUCGGCACGCUGACCGGCAUCGUCAGCCUCCUGACCAUCGUGGGUAACAUUCUGGUUAUGGUGGCCUUCAAGGUCAACCGACAGCUCAAGACGGUCAACAACUACUUCCUGCUCAGCCUCGCCGUUGCCGACCUCAUCAUCGGCGUGGUCUCCAUGAACCUUUACACAACCUACAUCAUCAUGAGCCGCUGGGCUCUGGGCCAGGCCGCGUGUGACCUGUGGCUGGUGGUGGACUACGUGGCGAGCAACGCGUCCGUCAUGAACCUGCUGGUCAUCAGCUUCGACCGUUACCUGUCCAUCACGCGCCCGCUCAAGUACAAGGCGAAGCGAACGACCAAGCGCGUGGCCCUCAUGAUCGGCCUCGCGUGGGUCGUCUCACUCGUGCUCUGGGGCCCGGCCAUCCUCUUCUGGCAGUAUGUCGACGGCAAGCGCACCGUGCCGGACAACGAGUGCUUCAUCCAGUUCCUGUCCGUGCCGGCGAUCACCUUCGGCACGGCUAUCGCCGCAUUCUACCUGCCCGUGACCAUCAUGAUGGUGCUCUACUGGCGCAUCUACCUGGAGACGCAGAAGAGGACGCGGGAGCUCGCCGGGCUGCAGGGCUCUCAGUUCGAGUCCAGCAGCCGCAUCCUCACACAGCCUGGCAGCUCGCGCCAGUCGAGCACGGCCGAGGGGACGGCCACGGACGCGGACCCCGCCCAGCCGGUACAAGUCAAGCGGCCCUCCAAGUAUGGCCUGCUCAAGCGAGUGAAGUCCAUAAAAUCGCGGGAUGGCCGGGACCGAGCGCGCAAAGUGAACUGGAACAGCGUGCGCGAGGGAGACCCCUCGCCCAUCCAUUCCCUCUGCUCCGACGAAGACGACGACCCUCCGCCACAGAGGCCCAAGGCCAUCUUCUCCAUUGUGCUCACGUUCCCCGGCCACAAGGCCAUGCUGCACUCGCCAGAGCCGUCGGACGAGGAGGACACGGACGAGGAGCGCAGGACGCGGGGUGCUCGCGUGGCCAUGUCCAUCGCGAGCAAGAUGAUCGCAGCUUCCGCCAUCGCCGCCAAGGUGCCCGCCGCAAAUGCCGCGAACGCCACGGGCAACGCCAACUCCAAGAACGCCAACGCGGCCGUGGGCCCCGAGAAAACGAAUGGAAAGUGCGAGAAGGACGGCAGCGCCGCCGAUGCCGCAGCCGCAGCCGCCACCACGACUGUCGCCAACGACUCGGAUGCCGCCGCCGCCACCACCACUUCCGGUGCCACGACUGGCGCCGUCGUGGCCGCCAACGGCCACGACGGCGCCAUCGCCUCGCCGGCGGCGAACGCCACCGCCGUCGCCGCCACCGCCAACGCCACCGCCACACGCGACGAUCGAACGGAAGCCAACGUGGACAACUGCACGCAGCAGCAGCAGCUGCAGCUGCAGGGAGCGACAGGGGCCGAGUCCCCGGACGGGGACGACACAGCCGCCCCGCCGGCCAACCCGGACAAAGCGGCGAGCGACGCGGAGAGCGCCCCCCCGGUGCGGCUGCCCGGAGGCAUCACUCUGAAGGAGGCGGUGGUGGCCAAGCAGUUUGCGGCGAAGGCCCGGAGCCGCAUCACCAAGCGGAAGCGCAUCACGCUCAUCAAGGAGAAGAAGGCAGCCAAGACUCUGAGCGCCAUUCUGCUGGCCUUCAUCAUCACCUGGCUGCCGUACAACAUCAUGGUGCUGGUGUCGACGUUCUGCGACAACUGCAUCCCGAAGGUUUGGUGGCGCCUCGGAUACUGGCUCUGCUACGUCAACAGCACCGUCAACCCGAUGUGCUACGCGCUGUGCAACAAGACCUUCCGAAAGACUUUCAAAUGGAUACUUCUGUGUCAGUGGGAGCGCUGGAAGACGCAGGGUUACCUAUUCCCGCACAUGCAAUCCAUCAUUACUGGCAAAAGAUCAGCCACCAAUGGUAACAGAUAGGUGCCCCUGGCCGUAACUUGAUGUAGUGUUAUGCCCCUUUUUUGUGUGCAAUGGAAAAAAAAGUAUAUAUAUAAAAAGAAAAAAAUACGUGGCAAAAUAUGAAUGCAUACUUAUACAUAUGCACAGUAUAAGCCAUGUCAGGUUUAUUUUUUUGUGUGUUCACACAGUAAUAUGUUGCCUUUGUCCCGUUUCAAAAUGACACCGGUAUAUAUUGUACAAUGUAAACUAUCGUUCGAAGAAUAAGAAAAAAAAAUGGAAAAAAAAGUGUGAAAAAUCACUUCCAUACAAUGUUGUGCUGAUAUGAAGUGGUACAUUUUGUACAUGGUUCAUAUUAAAAUGUUUAAAUGGAA